AUACCCUCAUCGGAACUAUCACAUCUCAGCUCUACUGCGCUGUCCCACUUGAAAACAUCCAUCGAAAGUGUUGUUGUUCUGAUUAGAGCGCGGGUGUGAGUAAAUCAAACGAAACCGUUGGGUCCUUUAUUUGAAAGUAUAAAUAAAGCAGGCAGCGAGUAAGAAAGCAAUAGUUUUACUCAUUGGAGUAUAAUGGCAUCCGGCGGCUUAGCAUGUGUAAAAUACUUGACAUUCUUUUGCAAUCUUCUUUUUGCGCUCACUGGACUUCUUAUUUUUCUGGUGGGAGGCAUGGUCCAACUAAACUAUGCACACUAUUCGAACUUCGUUAGCGAUCACAUCUGGACCGCUCCUAUUAUACUAAUGAUUGUUGGCGCCGCUGUAGCAGUCAUUUGCUUCUUGGGAUGUUGUGGAGCCUUGAAAGAGAGCAGCUGUAUGAUACUAAGCUUUGCCCUUCUUGCCGUCGUUAUAUUUCUCUUCGAGAUCGGAUUGGGCCUUGCUGGCUAUGUGAAGCAUACCGGUCUUCAUCAGAUUAUGGAGUUUCAGUUUAACUCGACCAUGCACCACUACAAGGAACGGGCCGACUAUCGCGAUGCUUGGACUUUGCUGCAAACUGAGCUAGAUUGUUGCGGCACCAAUGGACCCAACGACUGGGAAAGCGUCUUUCCUAAUAGUACCCUGCCUGCGGCGUGCUGCUCUGUGAUUAAUUUAAGCGAGGCCAAGGAAUGUACAAAUGUUCACGCAACCCAGCAUGGCUGCUUGCAGAAGCUUUUAGAGAUAUUGGAUUCGAAGACUUUGAUAUUGGCCUCCGUUGUUUUGGGAGUGGCGGGUAUUCAGAUGCUCACUAUACUGUUCGCUUGCUGUCUCUAUCGUUCGUUUCGCAGGAGCUACGAUCAUGUUUAGAAUGCGAAGCGAGGAUCCCGUAUGCCGCCUUUAAAAGGGAACACCAUUUUAUGUAGUCUGUAUGUAGUUGUCAUACCAUGCGUCACAAGAACUAUUACAGAAAUUUAAUCAAAAAAAAUUCUGUUUCACUUGUCCAAUGACGGUAGAUUAGCUUAUUUAUAGCUGGGGCAUUUAUUGCAUUUUGUAUUAGUUCUUUAAAUAAUGCACAUGUAAAACUAUUGGCGAAUUCGAUCCUACCAUAGUUUUUUUCUUUGUAAGCUACCUUAGAAUCCUCUGAAGGUUAAAAAAAAAAAUAUAGGGUCUAACCAAUAAAACUUUGAUGUACUUUUUAAUUGAUAAUUGACACAUGUUUACAUGAAAUAAAAAUUAAAGUCACUUGGUUCCAUUUUCAUAUUAGAAAAUCGCGUACUUACUUUAAUAUUUAAUAUUUUGAUAAAGUGCCCUUGUAGCGUUUAUAUAUGUACUACCUUCCUUCCUACACAUAAAUAAUGUAUUUUAUGUUAUAAUGUUUGCAAUAAGAAGAGCGAUCAAGUGCAUCUGUACACAGUAAAAAAUUAGAAGCAACUCACUCGCAUGUGUAAAUGGAAAAAUUAAAGUUCUCUAUUUACCUUUUUUCUUUAAGUAUUUAACAUUUUCUUCACAUGGUUCUCGAAACUUUAUGACAUAUUUAAGCUAAAUUCGAAAUGUGGUUUAAACUGUGGCUUGAGGAUGCAGAUAAUUAAAUUUCAUUUACAAAGACAAAACAUUAUGGAAUAUAACGACUGAUCUGUUUGACUUUCGAAAAUUUGGUAAUAUUUAUACACUUUUAUGGAAUUUGGUGUAAAAAUAUGACCAAAAGAAAGAUUGGGACAACCCAGAUGAUAGUUUGUUACUGCCAGUAUAACUAAUUACGUAAGAGAAAUUGAAAUGAAGCAGACUGCUAAAAGUCUGAGAAAUAUAUCAAGAUGAAUAAAAUAAUUUUGCGUCAACGUCUAUUUAUAUGACUAAAACAAUAAAAUAUUUAAAUAUAUGGUAUUUAGGUUUCAUGUAUUGCAUUUUCCUCAGAAAAGUGUAAUUUUUUCGUCAUAAUACAUUGUAACACAGUGCAUUCAAAUAAAGGCAAACAACAAAAAGAAAAAACCUAAAACAAAUGCCUAAAUAUAUCAAAUUUAAAAUUUUUAUAUUGAAUUACAUUGUAUUGAGGCUUUACAAUAAAACAA